AUGGCCAACGCAAAUGGCGGCGAAGCUAAGAAAGUUGAGGCGUUACAGCCUCAUCCGGUGAUGGAACAGUUGCCUGGUGUUCAAUAUUGCGUCAACAGUCCACCUCCAUGGCCUGAAGCACUGGUAUUGGGGUUCCAGCAUUAUUUUUUGACUCUUGGUACAACUGUUUUGAUUCCAAUUCUGACAGUUCCUCAAAUGGGUGGUGAUAAUGCUGAUAAAGCUAAGGUGAUACAGACCCAACUCUUUGUUUCAGGAGUGAACACACUAUUGCAUUCCUUCUUUGGGACUAGACUUCCAUCUGUGAUAGGUUGUUCAUAUGCAUAUUUGAUUCCCACAAUUUCUAUUCUACAAGCCAAAAGAUAUAGAAAGAUACAAGAGCCUUAUGAGCAAUUUGGAGAGACAAUAAGAGGUAUACAGGGUGCUCUAAUUGUUGCCUCGGGUUUUCAGAUGGUCAUUGGUUUUGUAGGCUUGUGGAGGAAUGCUGUCAGGUUUCUCAGCCCACUAUCUAUAGUUUCUCUGGUUUCUUUUACUGGUCUUGGGCUCUAUCAUCUUGGUUUCCCAUUGCUGGCAAAAUGUGUUGAAGUUGGGCUUCCAGAGUUAGCAUUGAUGGUUCUUAUCUCACAGGCAAGUAGUUCAUGGUCAUACAGUCGUAGUGAUCCUGUUCUUUUAAGGCAAUUCCUAAAACAGAUUGAUCAUGUUGGGCUAUUGACUCAGAGUCACCAUGAUUUCUACAGAGAGUAUCUUCCUCAAUAUAUAAAAUCAAAGAGGCCCAUCUGUGAUCGAUUUGCAGUGCUGUUCUCUGUUGCAAUUGUAUGGGUUUAUGCGGAAAUUCUAACAUGGACUGGUGCUUAUAACAAAUCCAUGGAUGCUUCAAGUAACUGUCGUAAUGAUCGUGCUGGACUCAUUAGUGGAGCUCCAUGGAUAUAUGUUCCUUACCCAUUCCAAUGGGGAAGUCCUACUUUUAGAGCUGGAGAAGCCUUUGCUACGAUGGCUGCUGCUUUUGUUGCAUCUAUUGAGUCUACAGGUACAUUUCUGGCAACGGCGAGAUAUGGGAGUGCCACACCUGUACCACCUUCUGUGGUCAGUCGAGGUGUUGGCUGGCUGGGGGUUGGUACUUUGCUGGGUGGUAUUUUUGGUAGCGUAGCUGGUUCAACUGCAUCAGUUGAAAAUGCUGGAUUACUCGCGUUGACAAGAGUUGGAAGUCGCAGAGUUGCACAAAUAUCAGCAGUGUUUAUGAUUUUCUUCUCUAUCUUCGGAAAAUUUGGAGCAAUUUUCUCUUCAAUACCUUUGCCAAUAAUAGCAGCUUUAUACUGCAUUUUCUUCGGCUAUGUUUCUUCUGCAGGGCUCAGUCACCUUCAAUUCUGUAACCUGAACAGUUUCAGAACAAAAUUCGUUCUAGGCUUGUCUUUUUCCCUGGGACUUUCACUACCACAAUACUUCAGAGAACAUCAACUAAGUUCUGGAACUGGUCCUGUUCACACUCAUGCUAGAUGGUUUAACGAUAUUAUAUCUGUCAUCUUCAUGUCCCACGCGACAGUGGCUGCUGUAGUUGCUCUAUUAUUGGAUUGCACUCUCCCCCAUGGGGAUGAUGAACAUCAUAAAGACAGUGGCUUGCAUUGGUGGGAGAAGUUUGUUUUAUAUACCAAAGAUGUUAGGAGUGAUGAAUUCUAUAGACUGCCAUGCAAACUCAAUAAGCUUUUUCCGUCUUUAUAG